CAGUGCAGUUGAGCCUGAGGUACGGUGGUAUACAGACCGUUGUAAUCAGUAGCCUCAGUUGAACCUUUUUUUUCUUCUCUAACGGCCGUCGAGAUAACACGAGGCAGUCGCUCUUUAGAAUGUGUUAGUGGCGUUAAAGUUUGUGCUUUUUUUGAAUAUUUUAUUUAAAAAAAUGAAGGACGAUAGUACGGUUGUGGUUUUGCUGGCGGUAGUCGGUAUCGUAGGUCAUAUCACGGCCUUGUGGAUUUUACAAAAAUCUACAAAACAACGCAACCCCAAGCAUGUGUUUCUUUUACGGUGCUUAGCCGCAAAUGACAUGGUGGCCCAAAUUGGAAUGCUUUCGUUAAUAAUUUUGCUUCCUCAUUUUAAAAACAGGUGGAUGUGCGCUGGUUUCGUUUUAGUAAGAGCUUUUGGUUUAGGUUCUGGAUGCGUUGCGUUUGUUAUGGCAGUCGAAAGAUAUUUAGCGUUAACGAAACCGUUUUUUUAUCAACAAUGUGUAACAUUUAGAGUGCUUCAAAUAGCAAUAGCAUCAAUUUGGAGUUUUGGUUUAUUCCUAACUUAUUUGCCAUUGGCGGGUUUUGGAGUUUAUUAUUCGCCUAAUAAUGAAACAAAUUCGUCAAGACCAGUGUGCAGAAGAUACAAAGAUGCGAAAGAAUUUAAAGAUGUUACUUACUCUUAUGUAUAUUUUGUUGUGGGUGUAACUCUAUGUACUUGUAUCGCUUAUUGUAAUACAAAAGUAUUCAUGGCACUAUCAAGAAUGGGAAAUCAACGAAAAGUGUUAAUUCGAAGAAUUAGCAGAUCGACUAUGAACAAUCGAGUUGAACGUUGCAGACAAAAUGCGACAACUGAAGAAUUAGCCUUUGCUAAAGUGAUGGCUGUUUUGUGUAUUACUUUUAUCAUUUGUUGGUUACCGCAAAUGAUCAUGAUCCCGAUCAUGCAUCUGGACAAGGAUAAUAAACUGACAGUCGGCCUGAAUAAGAUAGCGGAUAGUUUGAUUAUGUUUUAUUUUGCCUUCGAUCCCUACAUUUAUGUCGUACAAAAAUAUUUUGAUAAACGACGGCAAGCUUAUCGAGCCAAAAGGUCAAAUUCAAAUACGGCGCAUAGUUCAACUUCCGUUGGAGCUGGAACUCCUACAGCGGUUUUAAUACAACAUCCAGAAAAAGAAGUACUUUGAAAAUACUUUAUAUUUUUUAAAUGUUUAAUGUACUAUUAACUCAUAAAGUUAUUUGUCAUACGUUAUGAGUUAAAUGUAUUAUUGUUAUGUAGUGCAUGCACCCUGCUAGCGACCAAAGGAUUAUUUUCUAUUGGUACUUAUGAUUUUCUUAAAAAAUCAUUUUAACUUUUUCAUAUUGCACGAAAAAGGUUAAAAACUGUAAUCUAGUCAACGUCGUUUGCAAAUUUAUAAAUAAAUAUAAUAAUUUUUGUUUCUAUUACAUGUUUUUUACUAAAGCCUAGGCAUCAAAAUUUGAUUUUAGUGCCUACGAAAGUCGGAAAAAUUGAAAAAAAAUUGAUUGUAUGCACCUUUCCAGAUAGAAAAAAACCUUUCACACUGAUCUCGUUACUGUUUUAUUAAUUGAUUAACCCGUCAUCAAAGACGGCAAUCAUUAUUUAUUUUAAUAACGUUGUAACCACUUAACCUUUUCUUAUUGUAUGUUAGGCAACCACCAUGCUGAUAUUGCACAUUAGUUGUAUUCGUAAUUCUACAAUACGCAUCGUUUUAUGCAUAUUAUUUAUUAUUGUGAUAAUUGCGCAAAUGCAUUUAUUCA